UGCUGAACGUUCCGCCUGAAUGUUGUGAUCUGUCAGAGCGACGGACGUAACGCAAGGUAUAAGGAAGUGUUUUGCUGGACAGAUGUGAUCACAGGUUUGAACCAUCCUUCGAGUAAAGUUGCCCCAUCCACAGACAUGGCAGAGCAAGACCCAGAUCACCAGCAAACAGCAGAAGGGAAGGAAAAAGAAAAACAGUCUAUAUUGGAUCCUGAUGUGUUACCACGUAACUACAAACAGGAGAGAGAUCCUGAUGAAAAGCAGAAUAUCUCAAAAGCAUUGAACCAACCUUUGAGUAAAGAGCCUCCACCCACAGACAUGGCAGAGAAACACACAGAAGGAGGCAAGGAAGAAGAAACUAAGGCUAAAUCGGAUCAAGAGGUUUCAUCAUUCGACAACAAACAGGAAGUGACCGAUCCAAAUAAAAAGGCUCAACUCUCACAAGACAGUGCUGCGGCUGUAGAUCAGAUGGCGCCUCCAGAUGAAGGCACAUCACUGAAUGUGACGGAGAACAGAACCCCACUUCAGGCUGAUGAAGGAAGUUGUGGUGAUUUCAACAGAAAGACACCAGGAAAUGAGCAACCGACCUCAACAGCUGAGGAGAAGUCCAGAGAACACCACACUGGGGAGAAAAAAGAAUCAGAAACGAUAAGCCCGCCUACUCUCAGUGAAGGAAAGGACGACCAAGUAGAUGGACCAAGAGAAGAAAGCCCAGACACUAACAACCCACAUCCUGAAGCUGGAGACAAUGAUCGAAGCGUCACAAAGGACGUUUUAGCUCCUGAAGAGGAAGAGGAUAUACCGGAGAGAAAAGACUGUCCUCAGGAAAAUAUUGAAACCAUCGGCCCGAACACUGAGGAGAGUGAUGAUGCCGAAUCUACAGUUCCAGGGGUUAAGGGAAAUUCUGGAGGAGUUGGAAUCUACCUGAUGUUAGCUUUAGCGGUGUUAUGUGUCGCCAUCUUGGGACAGUAUGUCUUCGAACCCGAGAUGCCGCCUCAGAAAAAAGAUGAGCAGAAGAUAGACAUCUUCCUCAGGCAGCUGGAAAAAGUAAAGACUCGGUUCCCUAACCAGCGUGAGGUGCUCUGGGACAGGAGCAAGAUCCACCUGCUGAGGCACCUGCUGAUGGCCCAGCCCACCGAGCCAGUGAGCCUGAUCCUCACCGCGGGACACGGGGCUGAGCGGACUCUAACCUGCUUGGCUAAGAGCCUGGCCGCCGCCUUCUCCACCUCCCUCAACGCCUCCGUCCUCCACAUCGACGGAGCCAGCAGAGCCAGCCAAGACAGCGACCAGGUGAAGCUGGACAUCGACAACAAGCUGCAGGGAGCCUUCGAAGGAGACAAACCCGUAGCCGUCAUUAACCGCUUCGAGGAGCUGCCCCCAGGCUCCACGCUUAUUUUUUAUCGCUACUGCGACCAUGAGAACGCCGCCUACAAGAAGACCUGUCUGAUCUUCACAGUGCUGCUGGGGGAGGAAGAGGAGAUCCCCGCCGAGGCUCGUUUGUGUACUGUGGAGGAGAUGGUGGACGACCAUCUCCAGAAGAAGUUCCUCUCUGACGGCCAUCCUGUUGCUUUCGACAGGAUGGACCUCGACAAGUACAGUGGACUGUGGAGUCGUAUUUCUCAUCUCAUCCUGCCUGUGGUGGCAGAGAGAAGGAUUGAACGUGAAGGGUGCUAAGGGAAUAAACAGACACUGUGGAACUUUUAGUCUAAGCACUCAAAUAUCACCACAUGUCUCACUGCGUGACAUUCUGAGGCUAGUAGCAGUGUUUUAAAGACCGAAAUGUUUCUUGCAUAAUUUAUAUUAAAUAUCAACACAGAUGAAAGUAUCAAGAAGAAUAUUUACAAUAUUAUGAAGAUAAUGUUAUUGGUUAUUUGUAAAAUAAAUUGGGGUCAACAUUGUUUGACAAUAAGGCUGUGGUGCUUUAAUCUUAUCAAAUGUAGUUAGAUUGAUUGCUUGUAGAAUAAGAAGUGAUUCGCCUCGGGCAUUUGUUGAUUAAACAGCGCUUUUCUUUCCGAUUCACAACACAGGUUUUUUUUAAAUGUUCACCACAAAUGUAUUUUUCUGCAAUCCUCAAACCUACAUGGCACCACAUGCCUUAACUGAAUCUAUUUUUUAAUAUACCUUUACGUGUGUCACACUACAGGAAGACUUGUCUUGGAAAUAAUUGCAAACAUUGAAUGUGCCUUAAAGUGCAAAUAAACAGGUAAUUUCAAAUA